UUACAGAUAACCAAGAUGGGUCCCACCGAUUGGAAGGAUAGAGACCAGCCGAUCGAGAAUUCGAGACCCGCCGCAGCGCAGGCUCCUCUCCUCUCCUUCCGUGGCGGCGUGGCGUCAAUGGCGGCCGAGCCCAAGAUCCUCGAGCUCUCCAAUGGCAGGAUCACCGCAAGGAUCGCCAGCUGGGGCGCCACCAUCACCUCCCUCCUCGUCCCCGACGCCCACGGGAAUGCCGCGGAUGUGGUGCUCGGAUUCGACACCCUGGAGCCGUACAUGAAAGGCAUGUCACCUUAUUUUGGCUGCAUCGUUGGUCGAGUAGCAAAUAGGAUCAAGAAUGGGAAGUUUAGUCUAAACGGAGUUGAGUAUUCAUUGCCCAUCAACAAUGGACCCAACAGCCUUCAUGGUGGGUUGAAGGGAUUUGACAAAAUUGUGUGGGAUGUCGUAGAGCAUAACGAUGGUGAAUGCCCAUCAAUAACCUUUCAGUAUCACAGUAAGGAUGGGGAAGAAGGCUAUCCGGGCGAUGUGACUGUCCGGGCAACAUACUCUCUUCCUGAAGCUACCACUCUAAGACUUGACAUGGAAGCUACACCAGAAAACAAAGCCACUCCUAUCAGCCUGGCACAGCACACUUACUGGAACCUGGCAGGCCAUAACUCUGGUGACAUCUUAAAUAAUUCGAUCCAGAUCUGGGGGGAACACAUCACUCCCGUUGACGAAAACACAAUCCCCACUGGUGAGAUAAUGCCUGUCAAGGACACACCCUUCGACUUCAUGACAGAGCACAGAAUUGGGGAGUGCAUCAACAAUGUUCCUGGAGGGUACGAUCAUAACUAUGUGCUGGACUGUGGAGAUGAGAAGAAUGGCCUGAAGCAUGCAGCCAAACUGAGAGACCCAUCAGGCGCACGCACCCUGGACCUUUGGACUGAUGCGCCUGGCAUGCAGUUCUACACUGCGAACUAUGUGAAUGGCAUCACUGGCAAAGGGGGUGCUGUCUAUGAGAAGCAUGCCGGAGUAUGCUUGGAAACCCAGGGGUUCCCCAAUGCCAUCAACCAACCCAACUUUCCAUCUGUGGUCGUGCAGCCUGGUGAGAAGUAUAAGCACACAAUGCUGUUUGAGUUCUCAGCCUGAAUAGAGAAGCUGUGAACAGCUCAAAUGGCUGUAACACUUGUAGAAUGAAAUAAAUAAGCUGAAAAAUAAGGUGUAGUUACCAAAUCUGGAUGAUUGUAUCUUGCCUGUCAUGCAACUGCAAAACAAUGUUCUUGAAUGUUCAAAGGUAGAUAUAUUUAUUUGUGA